CUAUGGUGCUUGAAGUUGCCACGUAUCGCUACGGAGGUCACAGUAUGAGUGAUCCAGGUACAAGUUAUCGUACACGUGAGGAGAUUAAAGAAGUACGUCAAUCACGGGAUCCAAUCACUGGUUUCAGGCAACGUAUAACAUCAAAUGGACUGGCUACUAUUGAUGAGUUGAAGAAAAUUGACUUGGAUGUUCGUAAAGAAGUGGAGGAUGCCGUACAGAAAGCAAAGUCGGAUCCAGAAAUAUCUGUGAAUGAACUUUACACUGAUGUGUAUACUGAUACUGCUGGAUAUCCAGUUAAAGGCUGUGAACCAUGGAGUAUCUUUCCUAUUGCACGAUAAGCUUUGAGUAAUAUACCAUGAUUGUAUAGUAACAGAAUGUUAAAUAUUUACAGCAGUUGACUGAUGUUAAUUGAUUUGAGUUUAAUCUCACUUGACAUACCAUCUCACAAGGAUUCAAGGCAGCAAUUAAAUAAAAUUCUCACUAAUUAGUUCCAGAGAGCUCUAAAUUCUUUGUUUGUAUUUUUUUUUCAUUCAUACUUUCUUUAUCUUUGCACAUGCACUGAGGGGGUCUCCUUGUUCGGUGAUGUCAUAGUUACCCAGAUUACAUUGUGACUGAUAGUGACCCAGUUACUUUAGACAUGUACAAACCUUUUGUUUACUAUACAAACUAUACACAAUUGAAAUGGUGGCCUCAAAAAUCAGAUCGUGAAACCAAUGGAUGUGCAUAUGUAGAAUGUGCUGUAUGUGUGAAGUUUGAAUGUAAUUGGUGCAGGCAUAUCUAAGAUAUAGGACCGGAUGCAUGCACGGACGUAAUAUAAUUUAUUGACAUUAUUCAUUUUGAAUAGAACAUAGUCAAAUACUAUUCUAAGAAACAAAAAUAAAUAUACUGUUGACACUGGUUUACAAAAUGGCACUUUUGUUUAUAUAAACUUUGCUUCAUUCGCUUUUGUUUUUGGUCUAGUAUGACGACCUUUCUCUAUCAUUUGUAUCUUGUGGUUGUUCAUUUGUAUCUUGUGGUUGACAUGUCAUAUGCAUUUUCACUAGUUUAGUAUAAAUUUUGAUUGUAAAUAUGAAAGAA